AUGACCCAAGCUCACCAGACGCGGCAGAACUUACGGAACCGACUGGGCUUUGAAGAACUCUCAGAGCCUGAUCAUGGCGUCCAAGAUGCCACCGCCGAGCAGCACGAGUUCUGGAAAUGGAAAAAGGCUUAUCUCGACCUCGUUCCGGCAGAACCAAAGGCCAAGCAAGCACACGAAGACGAGAUGGAGGCAUGGGAUCGAGACUUUACAAAAGCACCCUACACCGUGGACGAAUCGCAGAUACAGAUGCUGAUCCUGGGGACUCGGAAGACAGUGGACUGA